CCGUUCCUUAGCAACGAAUCAGGUCUUGCCCGGUUGCUUGGAGACGACGUAGCGUCUCUCUUCUCUAGCCUCAUUCUUUCUCUCCCCAUCCCGGCUGUUUCUUACAGCGGUCAUGGCCAAGUUCGUUAUUGCGGGUAGUGCAUCUUGCCCAUACUUUGCUAAAGCAGAACUUCUGGCAGAUUUUCUGCAGAAAAAUCUACCGGAUUUCCAGAUAUACAAAAUUACUCAACACCCCGAUGUUUGGAAGCAAUGGCUGAAAGAUCUAUGCAGGAAGAAUCAAUGGAAACAUGAAAGUUCUCCUAUAAUUUGGAGAGAAUUAUUGGACCGUGGAGGAAAGGGUCUUCUUCUGGGAGGAUUUAAUGAAUUCUUGGAGCAUGCCCAGCUUUACUAUGGUGUUACCUCAAAGAUGAUGACUUCUGAGAUGCUGAUUAUUGCUGGCGAGAAUUUGGAGACACAUAUAGAAAUUGAGCAGGAGGACGAAGAGCUUAAAAAGAAGAUCAGUCCACUAAGGGUCUGGAUCACUGGUGCAUCUUGUCCUACAUGCUACAACCUGAUUCCAUUACUGGUCAAUGGAGAAGUGUUCGGUAUGGAGGAAGAAAUUAGCAUCCAUCUCCUAAACAACAGCUUUGAAGAAGGCAGUCUCAGUGCCACUGUGAUGGAAGGCCAAGACCUGGCAGCGCCUCUUCUGCGGGAAAUCUCCGUGUGCACAGUACUAGAAGAGGCCUUUUUUGAGGCUGAGGUUGUCAUCAUACUUAAUGAUGAUAUUGAUAAUGAGUCUGAGUCUCUAGAAAAUAGAAUCAGAGCUAGGCUUCCUCUAUGUCAGUUAUUUGGAUCCCUGAUUGAGAAAAAUGCUCGUCGAACUGUGAAAGUUAUUGUGGCAGCAAAGACCUUUCUAAAUCUCACCACCAGUUUGCUCAUUACAUAUACACCAUCUAUUAACCCACGGAACAUCAUUGCUGUGGCCAUGGUGAUGGAAAAUGAAGCAAAAGCCACGCUGGCCAGAAAACUGAAAACAACAGCAGCCGACAUCAAAGAUGUGAUAAUUUGGGGUAAUAUUACCGGCUCUCAUUAUGUUGACCUGAGGAAAGCAAAAGUUUUCAGAUAUAACAGUGCUAUUUGGGGACCUCCAAGCUAUUCACGUUACCUAUUAAGCUUGAUAUUUGAUAGGAUUAAGGGGAACCAGAAAAAAGAUCACAAAAAUGUUUGGAUUUUUGAUCCAAUUCAUUUUACUCCAUUUGGCCUGGCAGAAGUUCUUUCUGGGAUAUAUUUUUUAAAAAAAUUUAUCCACAGUGAGUGGAUCAGCAAAGAAUUCGUGAACUCCUUCAAUGUGUUGAGUUCGACAAGGCGUUUCCAAAGGGGUAUUUCAACGGCACACAGUGUAGCCACUAUACUGAAGUUCUGGUACCACGAUUCCCCUCCAGGGGAGAUUUUCUCUCUAGGACUAAUGAGUGAAGGUGAAUUCGGCACACCUGAGGGACUGGUGUAUUCCAUGCCAGUACGAUGCAUGAAUGGGGUAUGGUUUCCUUGUACGGAUUUGCCUGAUACUGAAUUAACUGAAGAUGUUAAGAAGGCAAUAAUCCAUGAUCUUGAACAGGAAAAGCUCAUUGCAUUUGGAGAAGUAUUAAUUUACCAGCCAUACAUUCCAGCUGAACUCUUACCACGUGAAAACAGAGUCAGAAUCCAGAUUGAUGAAAACAAGGAUGAAGAUCAAAAGGAGCAAACUGAAUUUUUAAACACAAGUUCUGUAGAAGUCUCAGAAGCUCAAAGUAGCCAAGAACCCUUAGAAGGAACUGAAAAUGAAUCCCUGGAUAACUAAAAGAAAAAUGCAGGCCAAGAAUUACAUUGUUUGGAAACAAGAUAUGAUGUAGCAGGGGGUUACAGAUGUCUACACUUGGGAAAAAUACUGAGAUGAGAGAUUAAAUGAGUUUUAGAAUAUAACAAGAGGUAACUACAUGAGUGGCAACAUUAAUGAAUUGUCAAAAGGAACCUAUUUUCCAUCUGUACUGACCUACUCUUUCAUUAUUUCAUUUCUAAGUAGUAGCGUAAUAUUCAUUUUCAAAUUAAUUACAUGUAUAUUUUGAAACAAAAAUAUAAUAAAUUGUGUAAUAUAGUUGAGUCUGUUGCCUAGACUUUCAUUAACUAAGAGCUGUAGAACAUGCAAAUCAAGAUUCACAUAAUAUUUGAAGGACCCUUAGUAAUUCUUUUUUAAGUGUCAAUUAAGAACCUCCCCAUAUCCACUCAUUGAUCAUUUUAAAUCUCUUACUGUCUGUCCCUUUUGAAUAUUUUGUAAACAGCAGUUAGGGUAUAAGCAUCCUUCUGAAAGUCU